AUGGAGCGUGCGCACAGAGCGCAGGGGCCACUGCGCCAGGAUGGCAGCCCCACAGAUGUGGUGUGCUGUCUGCACCUUAGAAGCCUGAAGGACAAAAUCAUGGCUGUCGCAAGGGGGUCGGCCGCUGUCCGCUUCCGUGGCUCCGACGUCUCCCUGUUUCACGACCUCUCUAGCCUAACAUUAGACGCCAGGCGAGCUCGGAAGCCAGUCACCAGCAUACUCCGGGACAAGAGGAUCCUAUACCGAUGGGGGUUCCCGUUUAGUCUACAGGUUAAACAUGGCCACACGUGGCUGGCGGUUCGCUGGCCGGAAGAAGUCCCGGGCCUGAUGAGAGCACUCAACCUGCCACAGCCUCGUGUCCGCAACUGGAUCCUGGAAGAAGCGACAGCGGCAAGACGGGACCCCCUGACCCCCAACGGCUACACAGAGGCCUCUACCACGGAGAGAGCUCCCCCAAGGAG